AUGUUUUCUUCCAAUCUGUCUGUUUUGCUGGGACUAGACAGACCCCCAUUUCUUUCUUGAUUUACUUCCAUGGAAGUUUCUCCCAGAGAUAACACCAUCCUCUGCUUCUUCUUCUGAUCUAUUUGAAAAACAAAAAAAAAAAAAAAAGAGGGAAAACACAGAUACAGCCUCAAAAGAAACGGAAGUUUUAUUUUAUGCUAUCUGAGGAAAGGAUGAAGGGUUCAUUUUUCUUUCUGAUUUUCUUAACUCUGUUGGUGGCUUAUGUUCAAUUUCAAGCUGAUGCUGCUAUCCCUGCUGGGCCCCUGAUAAAACAUGUUUCAUCCCUGCUCAAAUGGACCAGGUCUUCCUCUAAAUUGCCCCAAUCUGAUGGGAAUGUGCUUCAGUUUGAAGAUGGCUACUUAGUAGAAACUGUUGUACAGGGGAACGAGCUUGGGGUCAUGCCUUACAAAAUCCGCGUGUCACAAGAAGGCGAACUGUUUGCUGUGGAUGCAGAUAAGAGCAACAUUGUUCGGAUAACUCCCCCAUUAUCCCAAUAUAGCAGGGCAAGAUUGGUUGCAGGGUCAUUUCAAGGUUACACAGGGCAUGUGGAUGGAAAACCAAGUGAUGCUCGGUUUAAUCAUCCAAGAGGAAUCACCAUGGAUGAUAAAGGAAAUGUAUAUGUUGCUGAUACAGCAAACCUUGCCAUUAGAAAGAUAGGAGAAUCUGGUGUAACGACAAUCGCGGGAGGAAAAUCAAAUGUUGCAGGAUUCAGGGAUGGGCCAAGUGAAGAUGCUAAGUUCUCAUCUGAUUUUGAUGUGAUAUAUGUUCACUCAACCUGUUCAUUACUGGUUGUUGACAGAGGAAAUGCUGCCCUUCGACAAAUAUCUCUUGACCGUGAAGAUUGUGAUUAUCAGUACAGCUCUGUUUCAGCUACAGAUAUUUUGAUGGUUAUUGGUGCAGUCUUGAUUGGAUACAUUUCAUGCAUACUCCAACAGGGGUUUGGUUCAUCCUCCUCCAGAAUGCAAGCAAAUACGGGGUUUGAAACUCAUGCAGACCGACAAAAGAAAGAAAAAUCUGCCCCUGCGGUGGAACUUGUGAAAGAGAACCAGGAAGCUGCUUGGCCAUCUUUUGGACAGCUCAUUGGAGAUCUACCAAAGAUUGCAUUCGAGGCAUUUAGUGGCGUCUUAACGUACCUCAUGCCCUUCAGGUUUAGUCGCCGCAGUGCUAGAAAAGGCCUCACUCCAUUGAAGGAUUCUUUGAUCAUGCCUGAAGAUGAAGCUGAGCCCCAGCCCCAGCCCCAGUUAGUUCAAAAGCAGAGAACUCUUGCCCCUAUGUCAGAAACCAGGCAGGCUUACACACCAAAUGUUAGUGAUAGAUAUUCAGAAGUGAAGCCUCCUAAGAUCCGAUCGAGCAGCAUGAAAGAUCCGUCAUUGCCAACCAAGCACAGAUCCUCUAGACGACAAGAAUAUGCUGAAUAUUAUGCAUCGGGCGAGGUUCCUUCUCAAGUUCAAGCGAGGUCUAAAGGUCAGAAGGAAAGAACAAAACAUCGACAAAGGGAUAAAAGUGGAGAGGUUUUUGGAUCAAGCGGGGUGGAAUAUUCAAAACCUGUUGAAAGCAAGGCAGUCAACUAUGGUGAUCCCAAGUACGGUCCUUACAACAUGAGGAGCAAUUAUGGGGAUACAUUUCGUUUUGGGUAGGUUGCUUGCUAAAGUGUCUCAGUCCUUGUAGUUUAGAACUACUACUACCGUCUCUAAUUGGUCAAGCAAUUAUGUAUUGGUGUUGGAAUGUCUAUAGUUCCGCCUGGCCUUCAACUUCUUAGAGAAACAAAGAAUUUUUUUGAGCGUUUCUUGAGCCUGUUUGGCUUUUGUCCCUUGCGUAGCAUGAUUCUAUCUUGGGAGCCAACAAAAGACAAGGAUGAAUGGUGGCAGAACGUUCACCGCACCAACCCAUAGAAAGAAAAUUGCAUGUAAGGACUUGGUUUUGUAAUUCGUCAGAAAGUGUUGUUGAAAAAUGAAGUGUCUACUGUCUAA